GACUUACCUGAAGUUCAAGCCCGUCUAUGAGGGUGUGAUGCUGAUCACCGUGCUCUCAAGACGCCUUCUCUGGGAGGACUUCUCCUCGAUCCUCUCCAAGUUCCGUCAGAACGUCGCUGACAGUUUUCCUUCUCUGGGCCACCUGAACAGCGACAAGUCCUUCAUCACGACCGUCGGCCUGCACCUUCAAAACAUCUCGGAGCAGGUGGGCUUCACGACGGCGCAGCUGCUGAAAGCCGAGUAUGAAGACUUCCAAGCACUCGGGCUUGCCGGCAUGAAGCACCGCCAGCGGAGUGCCAAGCGGCAAAAGGCUCUCGAGCAAAUCGAGGGUGAUUUGUGCUUCGGCAUGCGGAAAUUCCUUGGCAAGGUCAAGGGCGUGGAGGAGGGAGGUGGUAUGGUCGGCGAUCCACACCACCUUUUCCACAUGUGGCAGGAAGCGAUGGGAGCCGUGCGCGUGAUUGUGAAGGUCACUACACAGUGCCGGAUCGAAGUUCCACCGGAGUACGAUGCAAAGUCUUUCAUGACCAGGCAGCAUCAGGACCAGUGGAAGACCUGCAACCCAUCCAUCCCCUACAUGGAAGAUGAGUUCCCUUCGGCGGUGAUGGCCUGCGCCCGCUCAGACGAAGCGCAUCCAAAGUAUGGAGGUCAAGAUCGGAACAGGGUGGUGCGCUACAUGGGGUGCGGCAAAAGUCGCGUCAAAGUGGAGCCACCCGUCAGCCGGGUCGUCACGGAGGGUUGCCUCAGCGUCGGCGAGGAAGAUGACCCCGAGCUGACGGACUUCCUGAACCAAAUGUGCUCGGCACAGGGCAUCAGCGACCGUUCCUGCAGGCUGUACGGGCCCUUCUACGGGGUUUAUAGUCAUCUCGCUGAAGACUUGUUCGGCUAUCACUCACUGAAGGAGAAGGAGGAAUGCCUGGCCAUCGCGGCGACUAACCUGGAGAACGCGGCUGCGCAAGAAGAGCAAGAAGCAGAAGCAGCGCCCACACCGAAGAGAGGCAACCGUGGAAGGGGCUCUUUGCUGGAGGACGAGCGGGAGGAAGAGGACGAGCAAGAGGAGUGCGCCGAUCCCCAGGCCACGGCCUUCAUUGGACAGGCGAACCGCGCUAUGGCUGAGUAUAUCUAUGGACUGACGCCGCCUCUGUCAUACUCGAAGUCCCGGGCGUGGAGCAAGAAGGAGACGAAGCUUAAAGAGACAAGCUGGGACCCGAAGACGAUGGACUGGCCGCUCCCGCAGGACCGACAGCUGGAUCCACCCCUGUCGGAGAUCUUGCGUGAGGCGGAAGCUGGAGAGGGCCUCAUGAUGAUUAGUUACGGCUACUCGGGUGCCGGCAAGACGACGACUCUGAUCGGCGAUGCCACCGCCCCGCUCGGCGGGGGUCGGGGCAUUGACGGUGUACUCUCAGUCUACCUCAAGGAGAACGCCCACAAAAUCGAUGAUGUGAAGGUGAAAAUCUUCGAGGUCUAUGGCCGAGUCAGCACACAGACCGGCCAUAUGAAGAAGAACACGGGAUCUGGAAUCUGGGCCUACAAGCUGAAAGAGAAGGUCGCACAGUACCUGGGAACUGCCGAAGCCUUCAUGGUUUCCGAGCCAGAUCAGGAUGAUGAUGAGUGGCAUGAUCCUGAGGAGGAAGAGAACCGGCCGCCCCGCCAUGCGCCCUUGGACAUGCAGAAGUUACAGGCAACGCUGGAUAAGGAAGACUACACGUACAGCGUCAAGGCUGAAAGCCCGGCUUCCAUGUCAGGCACGGUGGCCUGGCAGGACGAGGUCAAGAAACUGCUGACCGUCAUUGAGGACAUCCGCAUCGAAGAGGAUCAGUUCAAAGCUGGGGGCGAGCCGAUUGCACAUAUCCGUGGUACUGUCAACAAUCCGAAAUCUUCCCGCGGGACGCUCUUCGUGCUCACCAACAUCCACUACAAGUCAGGCAAAGUGGCGCCCGUCUCGACCGUGGACCUUGCGGGCUCCGAGGAUCCUGCGGUCAUGGUGAGCGGCUUUCUCCGCUUUGUCAAUCGUGAAGGCAGACCUGAGUGUGAUCCAGCGAUCGGCAAGACGCCAGCACAGCUCAUGGCGAAGUAUUUGGCAAACCUCAGCAGCUACGAGGAGAUGUCCGGAAGCCUUUCAUGGUGCUACGAGCUCAAGGACGUGCUGGAGGAAUGUGAUAAGACAAACCCACAGAAAGGCUGCGUGGACGUGACACUCACGAGUGGCAAGACGGAGUUCCUGCGGCCCAACCUGAACAAGCCAGAGCUCUGGCACAGAAAGGACGAGCGAGGCGUGGACCUUCCCGGAGGCUUGAGGUUCAUCUGGACUGAACCUGAAACAGGGAGGGGGAAGCCGCAGGAGAAGGCGGUGUUCUAUUCCUACGAGGAGAUCUUUGAAAUGAAGAGCCAAGGAACUCCGCCGGGUCUCUCCGAUCACCGGAAGGAGACAAACCCUCUUGGGCCUGAUUGGUACUGGGCCGAGCGCCUCUGGGCGCGCUGCCUUAAGGACAAGAAGACGGGAAAAUGCAGGAAGAACAGCCCCGGUGUGGUCGACCACAUCAUCCUUUGCCCAAAGAGCUUCAAGCCCACUAAAGCCAAUCCAUCAUGCCUGUCAGAAAGCACGUACUCGAAGAUUGGCAGCAACCCGUCACCUCUGACAGAAGUACCGGGCAAGCUCACCGUCAUUCAGAAAGCGGACAAAAACUUCGGCAAAUGGAAGGUUCAGGGCCAGAAAGGCAAGCAGCCCGGCGCAGAGAUCCCGGAGGUCAUCCAGUGGAAGGAGACGCGGAAGUGGUUCUUCGAAUCUCUGAAGGGGGCCAUGGAUGAUUGGGCCGCAAUGCUCGCCAACGAGGAGUUUGACCGACACCUGAGAUAUUUCACUUCGGCCAUCGGACCGGUCGUGGAAGAAGCCUUUUUCAUCAAUGAGGCUCUCAACGACAUGAAAGGAUACUUGGGCAUCUGGGCCAAGGAGAGCCAGAUGCAGCCUGCUGGAACUAUCUUGGACAUCUGGCCGCCAGCAGAUUUGGAGGUGAAGGGCAAAAUCAACCAGGUCGUCGACUACAGCCCAGGCAGCAAGAUCAGCGAGCAGGGCUACAGCAUCUACGACUUCAUCAAGCCUCGCGGGGAAGAAAAAGGCUAUGCGCAGCAGCUGGCUCAUGGAGAGGACAAUAUCAUGCUCGUUGCCAUGCUCGAGUAUAUUCGUGGAAUCUCUGUGCGCAGCGGACAGAACACCAAGGUUUUAGUUGCUACCUUCAUCCGGUCAGACAUUCCCGCAGCCGACCUGAACUGCGAAGGGGCGAGGGCCUCCCUAGAGUUUGCACAAGAUCUCUCCGAAAUGGUGGGCUGGAGCAGAGGACUUCCCGGCGUGCUGCCGCAUUUCCACAACCGCUGA